UCACUAUCCCAGUGCAGUUUUAAUUUAUGCAGAGAAGGAACCGGAAAUACGUAGUCUGUUGUAUCCGCACACAUCCGCAGCACUCCUGUGUUUGUAUUAAUGGAUGUUUAAGCGGUUUCUGCACACAUUGCAAGACGGGCUGGCUCGUAGGUCCAGUGCCUGUCCGCCCACUGCAGGAGGGUGAGUUUGGGUGAGUCUCAAAACGGAGCCGCUAGCAACAUUCGUGCAACAAUGAGCUCGGGACAGCCGAGCGACAAUGAGGAGCCCGAGGAGCCGCGCACUGGUCUACUGCGCGAUGAGGAGGAGGAGGACGACAGCGAUGAAGACAAGAGCUCCACGAGACCGUCAUCACCGCAGGCGGGCCGGGAGAGUGUCGGGAUGCAGGGCAGUUCGAAGCUGGAGUUGGCCGCUGACGGCGGGACGGGCUCGGGGUGCAGAGUCUCGAGUGCGUGCGACUCUCUGUUCUCCUGGAUCUGCAAGAGGGAAGUCCGCAGGGGGCCGUACGUAGACCCCGCGCGGGAUCAUUUCCGUACCAUGACACGGCUUUAUUCCUCCAUGAGCCCGGCUACGGACUCGGUGAACCUCAGUACGCAAACCCACGGGGCUGUCUUCAACUUGGAGUACUCACCGGACGGGUCAGUUCUGACAGUUGCUUGUGAGCAGACAGAAGUGCUUUUGUUUGACCCCGUUUCCUCCAGACAUAUCAAAACACUGGUGGAGGCUCAUGAGGACUGUGUAAACAACAUAAGGUUUCUCGACAACCGGCUGUUUGCGACCUGCUCUGAUGACACCACCAUUGCAUUGUGGGAUUUGCGUAAACUCAACUCGAAGGUGUGCUCAUUGCAUGGCCACGCCAGCUGGGUCAAGAACAUAGAGUAUGACACACACACUCGCCUACUAGUGACGUCAGGAUUUGACGGAAAUGUAAUCACAUGGGAUACCAACAGGUUCACGGAAGAUGGCUGUCCACACAAGAAGUUUUUCCACACACGCUAUCUUAUGCGGAUGCGUCUGACUCCAGACUGCAGUAAGAUGUUGAUCUCCACCUCCUCUGGUUACCUGCUCAUCUUACAUGACCUUGACCUCACUCAGAGCCUUGAGGUCGGCAGCUACCGCAUCCUACGGGCCCGCAGAGCUCCACUGAGCACAGAAGGUUCAUCAGCAGGUUCCAGGUCGGGGGGUUCCCGUCACACCAUUGACAGUAAAACACAUCCACACAGAGAGGGUCUGUCACCCAGAAACAGUCUUGAGGUUUUAACCCCAGAGAUCCCAGGCGAGAGAGACCGUGGAAACUGCAUCACCUCCUUGCAACUGCAUCCUAAAGGCUGGGCCACAUUGUUACGCUGCUCCAGCAACAUGGACGACCAGGAGGUCAGUGACGUAACCUACAGUAAACCUGAAAAGUGCCUGCAGAAUGAAUUUCAACAUUAUAAUUUCUGUCUUUUUCAGUGGACGUGUGUGUAUGAGUUUCAAGAGGGAGCUCCACCUCGACCUCCGGUGUCUCCUCGCUGCUCUCUGCGUCUCACGCACUACAUCGAGGAGGCUAACGUCGGCCGCGGCUACAUUAAGGAGCUGUGCUUCAGUCCCGACGGCCGGCUCAUCUGCUCGCCGUACGGUUACGGCGUGCGCUUGCUGGCGUUCGACGAGCACUGCGCUGAGCUGGCGGACUGCAUGCCUGUGCGGACGGCAAUGCUGCGAGAGAUUCGCUCCAUCUACUCUCACAGCGACGUGGUGCUCACGUCAAAGUUCUCACCCACUCACUGUCAGUUCGCAUCGGGCUGCCUUAGUGGACGCGUAGCUCUGUAUCAACCACACUUUUAACACAUGCAAACGCAUUAGAAUUUACACUGAUCGCUGAACUGUAUGGAAGAAGCUUUCGAUUGUUCAGGCGGAAAAUGGGAGAACGAAACUACCUGAAACAGAGUGUGUGUUUUGUUUUGUUUGUUUUUUUUUUGGUGUGUGUGUGAGGUCACACUGCAUGUGAAUGACCUUUACCAUGUUUGUCAUUUUUAGAUGUAAUUGUUCUUUACGCUGUGUAAAAGCGAACAGCAUUAGUUUUUCUCCACGAUGGAGGUUGAAUGAGUCACGUGAGCGUUAUGGGAUGUUUUUUGGUUGCUCACCCGAUGCAGCACUGCAGUAACCGCUUAAGCCAAUCAUUUUCAUGUAACUGUAAAGCCAAACAUUUUAGACAAUGCCAUAUUUGUUUUCAGAAACAUGUUUUUCUGGAAGUAUGUCACUUUUACUAAUUGUUUGUUUUUAUUUUUGGACUGCUCAUCUGUAACAACACUAACUGAGGUUUGAUUCGUGGAUUGUCAAUGCAGUAUGUACCGUGUACGUGUGAGUAUUGGGAUGAAUACGACUUCUGCCGAUGGUUGAGUGAGUGAAUGGACUGGGAGUUUUGUAAUGUUCUGGUUUUCAUAUGCUUCUGGUCCCUACAUGGACAAUCAGCAGUUAUGAAAUGUUCAGAUGACCAUAAUGCACAUUGGUGGGAGCUUUGAACUCUGGAUGUGAGGACAUUGGGAGAAGACAGUUCUGAUGCAGGUUUAAUUGUUGGAUGAGUGUUUUAUACAGAUAAGUUUAGCUUUCUUAAAAUGAAAAAGAGGAUAAAAUCUGAAUGUUCAUCUUUUCUGGGACUAAAAUCAGUUGGUCAUCCUUAUCAGUUAUUAUAAUAGUGACUGUUUUUGAACAUGGAAAUUUAAAAGCAGAGUAACAGUUAAAAGUUACCUUUACUCAUCCAUGAUUCUCAUUUGAUUCACUCCAUUCAUGUUAACAAUACUAAGGGUGCAGUGGUACAGAUAUAUUAAAUAAAGAAACUUUUUCAUAUCUUC